CACUGUGAAAUGGUGGAGUCAGGAGAUGUGCUCAGUGUGAGAACAACAAAGUCCCACAUUCACAAUAUUAAUUCAACACACACACACACACACGCACGCACGCACACACGCACGCACACUCACUCAAACAAUGCAGGCUUUCUCUGGAGCACGGAUUUCCAGCAGCUGAGGAGAAUUUGCACAGAUUCAGUGGUGAAAGAGAGAUUCUCAGGAGCAAAACAGUAGAGCAUCAGGAGAGAAGGAUCAACAGAGUAGUAACGAUAAGUUAAAGAAGAGAAGAGUUCUUCUGAAGGUUGAAGAUAUGGUCAUCAUGUCCAGCUCCACAGCACUGCUCUCCUUCGUCCUUCUGAGUCUUCUGUCUUCCACAGCAGUGUGUCUCACCUGUUACAAGUGCGUGUUUCCAAACGUUUCUCCACUCGACUGCCAGCAGGUUCCUAAGAAAUGUGCUGAAGGUGAGCGCUGCCUGCAUUGUACCAGCAAAGCCGUAAAGGACUCUGUGACUUUUGUGCUGAAAGACAAGGGCUGUGCCAAGGCAUCUGAGUGUGGUAUUACGGGACAGAAACGCGCCGCGGGACUCGUCUUCACCUACACCACACACUGCUGCGACACUGACCUAUGUAACGCUGUGGCCCCGCUCAGCACCCCCUACUGGAGACGAACAGCACUUAGCCUCUGCGGCACGGUGCUCGCUGUCCUGCUGGCCUCAGUGUGA